CUCGAAGCUACGAUAGCUCCUGCAUUCCUCAUAACGGCACCGGCCAAAAGACGUCAUGGACAACGCGCAGGGUUACGUAAGCGGGCGGAAGCAUUUCGGAACCCCUUCGGGAGCCCCACUCGGUGGGCGACCCGCCUAAACGGUCGAAAACACCACCCCAGGGCUAGUCCUAUGCGAGACUGUACCCACAAUGUUCAAGCACUUCAAGUCAGAAGCUACCAAACCCGACAGCGGGUCAAGUUUAGGGCAUGACAUUUGCUCGACUGGCUUUCUGGAGGAGGGCUCAAUGCCCACGCUUCCCUCGAGGUCGAAGUUCAUCAACCGUUACCGUUUCGCUAUUAAACUGGGAAUCUUCAUAGCGCUCGUAAUAGCCGUGUCCGUGGGCGUAGUUUCAGUAAUCUCUGGAGUCUACGGCGUCCAGCUAUUGAGGGAUGAAAGCCAACUUCGGCUGGAAACGGUGGCCAAACUACAUAAACAACAACUGACUGCCGCCAUCCACAUCAUGCAAGAGAAUCUGAGGCUCCUCAGCAGCAGGGUCCUUAUCAGACAACUCAUGGCGAAAGCAGCGGUAGGCAUCACGCUCUCUGGAAAUGAUAUAGAAGUCGGGCGUGCGCACAUGGACGCCGCCUUUUCCUCUCUAAGAAUUUCGGAGGACGAGGGCGAUCUUUCUGGCACAAGCUUCACGCCGGGAGGUUGUUGUGGGCUCGAGUUUCCUUACCAUUCGACUCUCCUUGAUUCGCUUAAAAGAUAAUUCCGUGUCUGAUACCGUUGUACAUGUUCGAUAUGGGUGAACAUCAAACCAGGCGCCAUUUUCAACCAAAUGGCCAA